UGUUACACCUUCAGAGAUGAAAAUUCCAAUACGUCACCAACACGCUAAGCUCUUUAUAGUGUAAGUACCUACUCUAUAUUUAUGUUUGCCUGGUACGUCCCGAUCAAAUACAAUAUCCAUUAUAUCUAGUGAUAAGGAUGAAAACAAACCGACGAUUAACACACAGGCAUUCUUUAAAGUGAUGCUGGUUGGAAGGUGUGGUAUAAAAGGUUUAAUAAAAUAAUAAAAAAAAUAUUUUGGCAAAAUGGCGGUGCUGUUGCAAGUUGUAUCAUCGAUCAUUAUCUGCUAUCUCUGCAUGAGUCUCGGCCUAAUGUUCACAUGGCCAUCCUCCACCCUGCAACUCUUCGAGUCACAGAACACCACUCUAACCAGACCCAUGGGUUCCACUGAACUGGCCUUGUUCAGCAGUCUUUCUUCCAUUGGUGCUAUGAUAGUCACGCCGGUGGCUGCGUAUCUGAUGGAUACUAUUGGACGGAAGAAAACUGCUUUGGUGUUGUCUAUGGCUAGUACGCUCUCCUGGACCUUAAUAGCAGCAUCAAACCAAGUGGAACUAGUCCUAACUGCCAUAUUCAUAUCGGGCAUGGGAGGGGCCGUAUUCUUAGUAGUGCCCGUGUAUAUCGGGGAAAUAUGCCAAGAGUCUAUCAGGGGGGCGAUGAUGUCGUGCUCAAUAGUCUUCGCCGCUGGUGGAAUGUUGGUUUCGUAUAUUUUGGGGGGUUAUUGCGAGUAUCACGUGAUGAUUUAUGCGAGUCUGAGCGUGUGCGUCUCAGGGGCUGCACUUCUUUUGUUGUUGAAAGAAUCGCCGACGUUUCUGAUGCAGAAGGGGUUGGAGGCGGAAGCAAUAAGGUCUAUAGCCUUCUACAGAAGUGCGGACCCUGACUCGAAAGAAGUGCUCAAUGAACUGAACGCUAUAAGGAGAGCUAUCAAUCCUGACUUAGAAGAAUCAGUCAGUGAGGAAGAACAGAAACUGAAUAAAGAUGAAAAGGUGGAGAAGAAACCCCAGGCACCGAAGGAGAAACUGUCCAUCAUACAGUUCUUAAGAAAGUCCCCAUCAACCCGGCGAGCUCUCUUCGUGGCAGUCACAGUGGGUGUCUCAGCCGUCUUCCAAGGCCUCAUAGUGGUCCAGGUCUACGCUAUGCCACUGUUCUCUGAAGCCAUCCCCACUAUGUCUGCUACAGUCUGCAGUAUUAUCUUCGCUUUGGUUACGAUUCUUUCUGCUCUGGGCUCGGCGUACUUGUCGGAGACUGCUGGAAGGAAGGCCCUCAUGGUAUACUCCUGCAUGGCAUCAGGUCUCUGCUGCCUGACCCUCGGCUCCCAGAUCCAGCUGCACUGGGCCCCUCACGCUUUAACAGCUGUCUUGAUAUACGCCUUCUGUGUGUUCUACACUCUCGGAGCUGGGACGAUACCCUUCGUCAUAGCCGCUGAAGUCUUCCUGCCUGAGAUCAAAAGUUUCGUCUCAAUGCUGUGUAUCGAACUGAACUGGCUGUGCAGUUUCAUCAUUCUGUUCAUUUUCAACCCGCUAGUGGAGGCUAUCGGGUUAGGGCCAGUGUUCUACCUCUUCGCUACAAUAUGCUUCUGUUCUUCGCUCUUCUGCAUAUUCUUCUUGCCAGAGACCAAAGGACUGACUGUAGAUGCGAUACAGCUUCUGUUUUUGGAUUCUAAGAAGAAGAAUUCUAGGGUUUGAAGUUUUUGAAGUGGAUUAAUGUUUUGUGAGUUGUUAAGUGAUUUAAGUGAAGUCAAGUCUGUGAUGAGACUGAUGAAGUAAUGAUGGUUAUUUUGUCGGACUAAUAAUUGUUUACCCAAGUCUUAUUACGGGUCUUAUGGAUUAAUAACUUACUGACAGGUUCAGAAAUCCAUUUCGAAGUAAACGAUUCAAUGUAAGUAAUUUGGUAUAUUUUAAAUAUCAACGCUUUAAAAGAUCUUGAGACCUCUUGGCCUAGACCUAACUCUAAGCUAUGAUUAUUUUUAAAGACUAUUUUGGAAAAUACAAGUCAGUAUUAAAAUUUUAUUGCGCACACAAAUAAAGAAACACGUAGAAAAUGGAGAAAGAAUUCAUGCUAUCCCGCCCUAUUUGCAUUCCUGUAAAUAGUCCUUCCUAUUCCCACUUGUGUAACAGACGCCAUUUUAAUAUUCUUUCUUUAUGUGCGAGCGUUAUACCUACAAUGAAUUUAGUAAUAAUUAAGUGUAAAUAGGUAACUUUUAUUAUUAAAUGACGUAAAAGCGACGUUAAUCUGCUAAACCUUAAUGAUGUUUGUAGUUGUAAUAGUUAAAGCGUCAAAUGGUUAAUUUUGUAUGCAGUGAUUAAAUUUAAUUUUAGGCUUAAGAUAGUCAUAAGCACUUUAUUGUAAUUUAUGAGGAUGGAAAAGAAAGAAAAGUUGAAACUAUACAUGGAGUUAAUUUGA